GGUGGGGGCGGUGAGCGGAUCGCGGAGGGACUGGCCGAAGGGAAGUCGAGGGCGCAGGGCCAGUGCCCCAAGUCGCAGCCCUCGGCGGGGGAGGGAGCCGUCUGCAGGACCCUGGCAUCCGGUCCCCCAGCCUCCUCCGCCCUCCCCUGGGACCCCGCGGCCUCCCGCCCACGGCUUUUCCCAGCCCUGCCCCUCGGCUUCGGCUCCAGCCAGAGCCCGAACGUUCCCAGGAUCCCUGAGCCUCCGGCCCCAGACAGACCAGACUCAGCUUCGCGACUCUUGCUCUCUUGGCUCUUCUUUGUCUCAACCUCUCCAUCUUUUUCUGUGUUAUCUCGGCUUGAUCCUCUCUUUCUGUCACUUUGCCUCUGUCUUCCUAAUUGGUUACUCCUCGGGGCCCCUCCCCGGGUUUAGACCACACUCCUAAUCCUCAGCGCCCCAUCUGGGAGUGUGGGCGGCAGGGAGGCCUAUGGGGGCCUGAUACCCAAGAGGGGGGUCUCUCUGCAGACGCCGCUGAGCCGCUCAGCCAUGCCCGAGGGAGCCCGUGGACUGAGCCUGGCCAAACACAGCCCUAGCCUUGGCGGUGGCCGCAGAGGUGAAGUGUGUGACUGUGCAACUGUGUGUGACACUCGGACAGCUCCCGUGACCCCUGCCAUGGCCUCCCCCCGAGGUUCUGGGAGCUCUACAUCCCUGAGCACAGUGGGAUCCGAGGGGGACCCGGCCCCAGGGCCUGCCCCAGCCUGUUCAGCCUCCAGGCCAGAGCCCCUUCCAGGGCCCCCUAUCAGUCUGCAUCUGUCACCCGUGGGGACCCCGAGUUCAGCAAAACCCUCGAGGCUGGAGCGUGUGGCCCGUGAGAUCGUGGAGACGGAGCGGGCCUACGUCCGGGACCUCCGCAGCAUUGUCGAGGACUACCUGGGCCCUCUGCUGGAUGGCGGGGUCCUGGGGCUGAGCUCGGAGCAGGUGGGCACGCUGUUUGCCAACAUCGAGGACAUCUACGAGUUCAGCAGCGAGCUCCUGGAGGACCUGGAGGGCAGCAGCAGUGCAGGGGGCAUAGCCGAGUGCUUCGUGCAGAGGAGCGAGGAUUUUGACAUCUACACGUUGUACUGCAUGAACUACCCGAGCUCCCUGGCCCUGCUCCGGGAGCUGUCGCUGUCUCCGCCGGCAGCCCUGUGGCUGCAGGAGCGCCAGGCCCAGCUGCAGCACUCGCUGCCCCUGCAGAGUUUCCUGCUGAAGCCCGUUCAGCGCAUCCUCAAGUACCACCUGCUCCUGCAGGAGCUAGGGAAGCACUGGGCGGAGGGUCCGGGCGCCGGGGGCCGCGAGACGGUGGAGGAGGCUAUCGUGUCCAUGACAGCGGUCGCCUGGUACAUCAACGACAUGAAGCGCAAGCAGGAGCACGCCGCGCGCCUCCAGGAAGUGCAGCGGCGGCUGGGCGGCUGGACCGGCCCGGAGCUCAGUGCUUUCGGGGAGCUGGUGCUGGAGGGCGCGUUCCGAGGGGGCGGAGGAGGCGGCCCCCGACUCCGAGGGGGCGAGCGGCUGCUCUUUCUCUUCUCGCGGAUGCUGCUCGUGGCCAAGCGCCGGGGGCCGGAGUACACCUACAAGGGCCACAUCUUCUGCUGCAACCUGAGCGUGAGCGAGAGUCCUCGGGACCCUCUGGGGUUCAAGGUGUCCGACCUGACCAUUCCCAAACACAGGCACCUGCUCCAGGCCAAGAACCAAGAAGAGAAGAGGCUGUGGAUCCACUGUCUCCAGCGCCUCUUCUUUGAGAACCACCCUGCCUCCAUCCCGGCCAAGGCAAAACAAGUUCUCCUUGAAAACAGCCUGCACUGUGCUCCUAAAAGUAAGCCUGUCCCAGAGCCCCUGACACCCCCACUUGGAUCUCCCCGACCCCGCGAUGCUAGAAAUUUCACUCCUGGACGAAGGAACACAGCUCCGUCUCCAGGACCCCCCCCAACCCGCCGUGGCCGCAGACAGUCUGAGCCAGUGAAGGACCCUUAUGUCAUGUUUCAACAGAAUGCUAAGCCGAGACUCAAGCAUGCUGGCAGUGAGGGGGAGCUCUACCCGCCCUUAGAGCCUCAGCCACCAGUUCCAGCUUCUGGACCCCCUGAGGACCUGGAGGACACUGGACCCCCCACGUUGGACCCGUCUGGGACCUCAAUCACUGAAGAAAUCCUGGAAUUGCUGAACCAAAGAGGCCUCCGGGAUCCGGGGCCAUCCCCCCACGACAUUCCCGAGUUCCCCGGAGACUCCCAGGUGCCGAGCGACAGCGAAAGCCUCACAUUCCAAGUCCUGCCCAGCCGGGACUCUUCAGAAGAGGAGGAGGAGGAAGAGCUGGAGAUGGGCGAACGGGGACCUUCCCCGCUACACGUCCUAGAAGGGCUCGAAAGUUCCAGUGCGGCUGAGAUUCCCGACAUUCCCUGCCUUCCCCAAAAUCCUGAGGUUCCCAACCUCCCUGAAAUUCCCGGCCUCUCUGAAAUUCCCAUAAUUCCCCGCCUUCCCAGUCUCUCUGACAUCUCCAGUGUUUUUGAAAUGCCCUGCCUUCCAGCCAUACCCAGUGUCCCUGACAUUCCUCGUCUUCCCGACGCUCCCACCCUUCCCUGUGACUCCUGGCUGCAGGGACCUCUGCGGGAGCCAGCUAAGGCUCUAGCCACCAGGAGAGAACUGUUCCCUGGGAGCAGUUCUGGAAAACUGGGAGAGCCCUCUUCAGGACGCAGGGCAGGCCACGAGAAGGAUGAAGAAGGGGUAUCAUUCCCAGCUUUCCAGCCCCAGGACAUCCCCCAAGAUCAGAGAUUCCCAGAUGAGCUGGAAUUUCGCUCUUGCUCAGAAAUCCGGAGCGCCUGGCGGGCCCUGGAGCAGGGGCAGCUGGCCCGGCCGGGCUUCCCAGAGCCGUUGCUGAUCCUAGAAGAUUCGGAUCUGGGUGGAGGCAGCGGCAGUGGGAAGGCAGCAGCCCCGAGUUCGGAGAGGGCCGCGUCCCGCGUGCGUGAGUUGGCCCGGCUUUACAGCGAGCGGGUCCAGCAGAUGCAGCGGGCUGAGACCCGCGCGUCGGCCAACGCCCCCCGCCGCCGGCCGCGGGCUCUGGCGCAGCCGCAGCUGUCCCCCUGCCUGCCCCAAGAGCAGGCCGAGCCAGGGCCUCUGCCUGCCUUUGGACACAUGCUGGUAUGUGAGCUGGCCUUCCCGCUGACCUGUGCCCAGGAGUCUGUCUCCUUGGGCCCUGCUGCCCGGGUUCAAGCUGCCACACCUUUGUCUAAGCAGGAAAGCUGUCUGGAUGGCCAGAGUCUAAAUGUUUCAAAUUUGCCUGAGCAAAACCGUCUGGGCAUCCAGGUUGCAGCUGCUACCCCUUUGCCUGAGCAAGGAGGCCUUGGGAAUAUCCAGAGUCCAGCCACCACACCUCUACCCAAGCAGGAAGGCCCCCUAAACGUCCAGGUUCCAGCUGUUACAACUCUGCCUGAUCAAGAAGGCCCCCAAGAAAUUCCAGUUCCAGUGACCACUCCUUUGCCUGAGCACAGAGGCCCCGUGGAGUCACAGGUUCCCUCUACUGCCCCUUUUCCUGAGCAAGGACACCACGUGGACAUCCAAGUUCCAACCGCCCCAGCUUUGCCCGAGCAGGGAAGUGGUUCUCAUGUCAUGGUUUUAGCCACCACUCCUGUGCCCAAGCAAGAAGGCCACCUAGACAGCCAGAGCCCACCCAGCACGCCAUUAACUAAGCAAGGAGGUUCCGGGGAUGUUCACUGCCCGGCCGCUGCCUGCGACCAAGCUGUCAGCCCUUUGCUUGUGCACGGAAGCAGCCUGGACCAUCAGAUCCCAGCCGACACCCCACUGCUCUUGCAGCGUGACCGUCCAGACAUUCAGGUUCCGGGUUCCUCACCUUCGUCUGCACAUGGAGGCCACCUAGACCGUCAGAUCCCAGGCAGUGGUGCUCCAUCGUCUUUGCCCCAGGACCUCCCGGACAUUAAGGUUCCAGCUGCCACACCUUUGCCCCAGCCACAAGGCCUCGCGGAUACCCGGAUCCAAGCCCUCCCACCUUUGCCCAACCAAGGAGGCCUCCCAGACACGCAGGGUCCAGCUGCUGCAUCGUCGCUUCAGGAGCAAAGGCUCACAGACCUCCAGGUGCAAAGGUUGACCCUUUUGUUGGAGCAGAAGAGCUUCACUAACGUUCACGUUCCAGCUGCCACACCUGUGCCUGAGCAAGGAGGCUCUCGGGACAUUCAGGGCCUGUUACCCACCCCAGUUCAGACCACCAUGGUUUUGUCCAAACCAGGAGGCCACUCGGUCUCUCAUGUCACCAGGUCAGAGUCUUCAGACUUGACCCCACCCCAUAGUCCCCCACCCCCAACCCGUCAGCUCCUGGGCCCCAACGCAGCUGCCCUCUCAAGGUACCUGGCAGCCUCAUACAUCAGCCAGAGCCUGGCUCGGCGUCAAGGGCCUGGGGGAGAUGCCCCCCUAGCCUCCCGGGGUCCCUGGUCCUCCUCUGCGCCCACAUCACGGGCACCUUCACCGCCACCCCAACCCCAACCCCCACCACCCCCCGCCAGGAGGCUCAGCUAUGCCACCACGGUCAACAUCCAUGUCGGGGGCGGCGGGCGGCUGCGGCCAGCCAAGGCCCAGGUCAGGUUGAACCACCCUGCCCUCUUGGCCCCCACACAGGAAUCUGUGGCCCUUCGCAGGGCCCAGGGGGCUCCUGAUGCCCCUUUCCACAUGUGAGCCAGGAUGUCAGGCUUCUUGAAAAGCAAAGACUUCAGCCAGAUGCUACAGAUGCUCAGAACUUCACCCAGAAGUCCAGACACUGAACACAGGUCUAAAGAUUGCUGCAGCUUUCCAGCUCCUGGGAAAUGGUCCUUAUUACUUACCUUGAUUAACUCACCAGGGAUCGGGAAGGGGAUGUCAUUAAUAUUUUGUUAAUUAA